AUGAGAAGACUAAGGUAUACAAGCUCCAGAAAGCUUUAUACGGCCUUAAACAAGCACCGAGAGCUUGGUUUAGCAGAAUUGAAGCAUACUUCAGAAACACGGGCUUUGAUCGUUAGCCUAUAUGUUGAUGAUUUGAUUUAUACUGGGAAUGAUGAAGCUAUGUUGAAAGAAUUCAAACAAUCAAUGAUAGAGGAAUUUGAAAUGUCCGAUUUGGGAAGAAUGCACUACUUCCUUGGCUUAGAGGUUAUGCAGCUUGAUAGUGGAAUCUUCAUCUCUCAAAAGAGAUAUGCCAAGGAGGUCUUGAAAAAGUUUGGGAUGGAUAAAAGCAAAUUGGUCCUAAAUCCUAAUGUUCUUGAGGUUAAAAUUGAUAAAAAUGAUACAGGUGUGACAGUAGACGGCUCCAUGUUCAAGCAACUUGUUGGUAGCUUGAUAUAUUUGACCACUACCAGACCAGAUCUGAUGUAUGCAGUUAGUGUAGUCAGUAGAUAUAUGGAAAAGCCAACUGAGAUGCACCUUAUGAAAGCAAAGAGAAUACUGAGGAAAAACACCUCGGGCUAUGCCUUUAUACUUAGCAAUGCAGUGGUGGCAUGGUCAUCAAGGAAAUAA